UUUGUUAAACAUUUGCUAGAGAUUUACUACUAUGCAGUAACAAUAUAUAUUCAAUCAAAUAAUAUUAUAGUGACAUUCUAACAGAUUUGUUCUUAAAAUAUUUCAAGAAAUAUUUACAUAUCAUGAUUUUAUUAAAUACGUACAGAUUAAAAUAAUAAGAGUUACACGUAAAUCUUAAUCUCUAACAAUAUAUAUUAAAUCCUCCUCUAUUUUUUAUACGGUAGGUUACAUGUAAAUUUAAAUAAUAAGAGUUUGAUGUACCAAAAAAUAAAAAAAUAAAAAAUAAUAAGAGUUUGAAAAAUAGUGUUAACGAAUGAGUCUCUUUUCAUCUCCAGAUCACACGUUAAUGCCGUCUGACCAAUGUUGUAAUUUGAUUAUUAAAACACUUUAACUUAAAAUAACACUAACAAAUACUAAAAUAUUUUUUGGGGUCUUGCAUCACAGCAUCAUUGAAAUAACAAAGCAUAACGUGGCAAAUUGAUUUAAUAUAUACGGAGUAGUAUAUGAAUUUUGCUAACAUGUACUUUAUAUCAUAGUAGUACAAAAUAGUACAUGUUGAUUGAAUUCAUAUUAAAAACCACAGUAGUACAAUAGUAUUAUUAAGAUGAAUUUAUAUAAACCUUAUAUCAUAGUAGUACAAUAGUACAUGUUAAUUGAAUUCAUAUUAAAAACCAUAGUAGUACAAUAGUAUUAUUAAGAUGAAUUUAGACUAGAAUUUGUAAGUAUUAUUAAGAUAAAUUUAUAUAGGCCUUAAUAAAAAAAGGUAGGCAUAUGUUUUUAUUAUUUUGAGGAAAAAGCAGGCAUGUGUUUGUGUUUUUUUACUAAUUUAUACAUUUGAAAAUUUCAAAAUUAUAGACUAAUUUGUGGCAUUUAUACCCCACCAACAACCAACUCUUGAAAUGACUAAUCCUAUAUAUUAUAUAACAAUGCAAACCCAUUCGUCGAGAACUAUUUCAGCCAAAAAUCAUCCAGUUUUCAAAAUACUGAACUCUCCUUGAUUGGGCCACUGUUUGUUUAGAAAAAAUAGGGUUUUUACUAUUAGAUUGUACCUCAAAAUUCUCAUCAAUGGAUACAUCUCUCUCUUUCUCUAGACUCCUCUCUUCUUCCACCACCACAUCACUCUUAUCUCCCAAAACCAAAACCCUCUCUUCCAAUUUUACCCUCCCCCUCAAACUCAACCGUUUCAACCCAAAACCUCUCCGAUUUUCCACUUCAUCCAAAAUCUCCGCCACCAUCUCCGUCGGCGACAAACUUCCCGAAUCCACCUUCUCAUACCUCGACCCCGCCGGCGAAGUCCAAACCAUAACAGUUUCCGACCUAACAAAAGGCAAAAAAGCCGUUCUCUUCGCCGUUCCAGGAGCUUUCACACCAACAUGCUCACAGAAACACUGCCAGCUUAUCAUGUGCGAUUGUUCCAGCUUAAUAGGGUGUUUUAGAUUCGUUUUUCAAAAGCUUUGCGCGCGUAAAUUGAUUCUGAUUAUGAGAAUACUAUGCGGCUUUGUUUCUAGCAAUUGGGUAAGAAUAUAUUCUGAUUCUUCUUUUCUCUAUAAUCAUUUGAAUAAGACUAUUCUCAACAGUGUGUUAUUGUUUGUGAUUCUCACUUAUAAAUAUCCAUAAUUUCUUUUCUUCUUCCAUUGCAUUUGAGGCUGAAUCAGUCAUCCAAUUCGAUUUCGAAAUGGCAACCCAAUUUGACAUGUUGUGCGAUGUUCUUCCUGGGCAUAAUUCAUGGAAGUUCAAAGUUCGUGUCCUCCGUAUGUGGGCAAUUUCUUCUUUUAUGAAGCCUAAUGAGUUGAACUCUAUGGAAAUGGUGCUGAUAGAUGAGAAGGGAGGUAAGAUUCAUGCCUUGAUAAGGAAAGAAUUGGUUUACCUAUUCCAGAAUAAAUUAAAGGAAGGGGAAGUUUAUAAGCUAUCAAACUUUGAUGUUGUUCCAGUCGUUGGAUUUUAUCGUACAACUCUGCAUCCUUACAAAUUGAUUUUUCGAUCGAAUACCAAAGUUCAGAAUUUUGCGAGUUCUGAUAUUCCUAUUUUGGGAUUUUCUUUCACCGAUCUUGCUGAAGUGGCUAGCUACUCUGUUAACUAUGAUUACCUAAUAGGUAAUUUUGAUUUGAAGAACCUUACAAAUUUUGUAAUUUUCAUCGAUUAAUGGUCAUUGUGUAUCAAGUUAUUUGUUUCUUA